UCUGGCUCUGACACACACUUAUAUUCCAGUGCAGGGUGCGGUUCCCUCACACAAACUCUCAGAGCUAUUACACGCAUUCGCAGAUGAGCAAAUCAGUACUGUUUGUACUAUGAGCAGUUUUGGGUACAGAAAGGAGCUUCAUAAAUAUGAAGAUGUGGAUGAGGAUGAACUUUUGGCCACCCUCACCAAUGAAGAGCUGCAGGAACUGGAAAGAGAAAUGGCUGACAUCGAUCCAGAUGAAAACACUCCCAUUGGACUGAGGCAGAGGGAUCAAACAGCUAAGCAGCCGACAGGAACUUUCUGCAGGGAAGCUCUGCAGAACGACCCUCACAAACUGCUUGAGAUGGAAAGGUCAGAAUAUGUCCAUCAACAGGAGAACAUGGAUGAGAGCCAGACAGAUAAGAGUGAAGAGGAAUGUUUAAGUGAGAGUGACACUGAGGUCUCUCUAAGGACAUGGAGUCUUCUCAACCACCAAGAGGAGAAAAAACAAAAUAAAAGACAUGGAAAUUUACAAGAAGUGAAGAACUACAACCAGAUGUUAAUCAAGUCAUCUCAACCAGACUGCAGGAAUAUGGGCAACAAUGGCAAUUGCAGAGGCAAACUCAGCAGGACAAGAAGAGACGUCCGUCAAGUAGACUCAAACCUCAAUGUGAUCCCAGAGGGAGCAAGCAGGAAUUCCACUGAUAUUGAUGGGAUCCUGGAGAAGAUCCUGAAGAAUGAUGAAUCUGUGUGUGAGGUCAACCUGAAUAACAUCGACAACAUUUCCCAGCAGAUGCUGAUUAGUUUUGCAGAGGCUUUGACCUCCAACAUGCAUGUACGGGUCUUCAGCCUUGCCAACACCCAUGCAGAUGACCAGGUGGCCUUUGCUUUGGCCAACACCAUAAAGAAGAACUACAGCAUCACAAUCCUUAACAUUGAAUCUAACUUUAUCUCAGGAAGAGGAAUCUUGGCCUUGCUCAGGUCUCUCCAGCAGAACACCAGUCUGGUAGAGCUCCGCUUCCACAACCAGCGGCACAUCUGCGGAGGUCAGGUGGAGAUGGAGAUGGUAAACCUUCUCAGAGAGAACACCACCCUACUAAAGUUGGGAUACCAGUUUGACCUGCCAGGCCCGAGGAUGAGCGCAACCAGCAUCCUGACCCGCAACCAGGACCGCCAGAGACAAACACGACUGCAGCUACGAAGACAGUCAGAAAAGACAGAAGAAACAAUGGAUCAAACAAGUCAUACUAUAAAAAAUGGAACUUCAAACCCCCAAAACAUACCUGACAAGAGAUCAGUCACAGCUUCCCAAGAGCAGGAGUGCAAUUCCCUUCCUAAACCUAAACCACAGCUAGCCCAUGUGCAAAAAGAGAAGAAUGUGCCCACCAGAACAAUUGCUGAAAUAGUAAAAUCACAGGAGAUCACAACAGAUAAUCAAAGCAAAAACAAACAAAGCACAAAGAUAUGGAACCAGACAAAGGAAAAAGAGAGUGGAGAUUUCUACAAGGAUGUGAAACAUGCACUAAAACCACCACCCAGGAAACAGGAAGACAGAAAUGGUCAGCGGUCAGUGCAUGGUGAUCUCAUGGCAGCAAUCCGUAGCAGCCGCAUGACAACACUCACAAAGGUUAAAGUCCUACAUCAUCAGUGUUCAUGAUGCAUCAUUAACAAGAUGUUCAACAAAGUUGGUCUCUCACACACAAACUCUGUUUGAUGGCAUUUAAUAUAAAUUACAUUAAUGCUAAUCUAUUUUUUUAAUCAAUGGAAAAGUGUAACAUUUAAAUAUUUUGCUGCACCUUCUUUGGUGACCUUCAAAAUAACGCUAGUGCAUACAUUUCCUGAAAUUCUAGGAUUUGAUUGUAACAGCACUAUGGCAUUAAGCCAGUGCAGAUUUGGAAGGUCAUUUUCAAUAAUAGUGGCAAAGACAAAAAAAAAAUAACGAGAACAUUAACUCCCGACACAUUAAGCCUGCUGAUUUUUUUGUCAUAUAAUGAGCAAUUUCAAAGUUUAUGCUUAUCAAAGAUAUAUUAACCAAGACACAAACUCCAAAUGAGAUUAGGAUCUUUUCCACUGGUCUAUUCAAGAAAUGUCCACACAACGUAAAGAGUAGCUGUUGUGCUUAAAUGAUGAUUGAGAUGAAAAAAAUGGAGAUGUAUGGUUUUGAUAUGAUCAAUUUUCUACUUCUUGACAAAAUCAACGUCAAGGCACCACAAACAAAUGACUGAGAAAAUGAACCAAUAUUAUUAUUUAUUUAAGUAUACAAUUUAGUGUUCAUUCCACAUUCCAACCCAUUUGUAAGGUUUGAAGUCAGUUUUAUAGUUUUAAUGCAGCACAAUCCUUGAAGGACAGCAAAACUCAAACAAACACUGUUAAAACAGCAUUAACUGCUACACAGAGGUUCUUACCUUGGGUUUACCUUGCAUGUAGUUGUCAGUCAAGCAUUGGCUUUUUAAAAGCUUCUAGUAAAGUGUUUAAAUUCA